AUGGGACUGGGAGGGAUGUUGGUGAGCGCCGGGAUCCUACAUUUUGCAGAAAAGUUGAUUCGGAAGAGAGAGCUAGGUCUACACAUAUUGAAACAACAUAUAGCCGCUGAUGCCAUAUACGAUUCUGCGGAGCGUUUCCCGCCAGCUCAAUGUCACCCAGGCACCCGUGAGAGGAUCAUUGAGGCCAUAAUAGUGUGGGUCAAUGAACCGAAUCCAGAUAAACAGGUCUUAUGGCUCCAUGGUCCCCCAGGUGCUGGGAAAUCUGCAGUUAGACACUCGAUUGCCACAAUUCUGCAAGAGAUGUCUGGAAAUCAAAAAUACGGCUCUAGUUUUUUCUUUGCAAAGGGGGCUCCUGGCCGUGGAGAUGGGAAUAAACUGUUUUGUACCAUUGCCUAUGAACUCGCGGUCAACUUCCCCUCAUACCGUUCCAUACUUGACUCUGUCAUGCAGGAGAAUCCUACUCUCCCAACCAAAUUGGUCAACAUUCAACUUCACAAUCUGCUUAUUAGACCCCUUAGAAAGGUGUCCAACUGGCCUUCACAUCAUCCAACAGUUAUCAUCGAUGGCUUUGACGAGUGCUCCGGGGGGAACAGUAUGCAAGUUGUGAUUCUGUCUACCAUCUCCAAUGCCAUCAUGCAGCACCGCAUUCCUCUACGGUUUUUGAUUAUCAGCCGUGCAGAAUACUGGAUUGCCGACGCGUUUGAAACCGGCUGUUUAAAAUUUAUCGUUAAACGCCUCUCUUUGAGAGACGAUCAUGAAGCGGAUGCGGGAAUCAGACAUUAUCUAUGCGAGGAAUUUAACAGGAUCUACAACGAGAACAUUGAAGUGAUGCACUCCACCCCUCUCCCAUGGCCUGAGAAGCAUAUUAUCGAACGCUUUGUCGCAUCCGCUUCAGGACAGUAUGUAUACGCAUCCACAAUCAUAAAAUUUGUCGGAGACACCCCACAUUGCGAUCCCCUUGACCAGCUUCGCCUGUUGACCACAGCGGGACCUCAUGAAGCAUUUGCAUUCUCCGAAUUGGAUAGCUUAUAUGCUGCCAUUUUGUCGUCUUAUCCACGCUGGGACACUCUAAAACGUGUUAUUACCGCCAUUGUAUUGAGAUGUACAAUAUCGGAAGCCGUGAUGGAGCACAUCUUCAAUGUUCCUCCUGCAGAGCUACGCCAUAUUUUGAGAUCUAUGCGACCCGUAAUUCACAAAACUGAAGUGAAAUGUCCCUCACUUUUGCAGAGAUUGGAAUCAACUUUUGGUGCCCCAGCAUACCAACAACAAUGGCUGACGUUUCAUCACCUUUCCUUCAAGGAAUUCAUAACCGAUAGUUCUAGAUCAGGGGAACUCAACAUUUCCCAAAUUUCUGCAGAGAUGACUGUAUGGUGCAUGCUUAUACGGCAUCUGGCGGGGUUGUUGCAAGGAGACACGGAUAUCGAAGGAAUCGUUACACGUAUUAGCAUGUCACAAUAUCGCCAUUGGUUGGAUCUCAUGCCGUCCACAAUGCGCCCAGAAUAUUUUGAGCAUCCUCCGAAGGAAGGCACCGCAACCAUGAUUCAAGAGCUGAAAAAUUUACUGGCUGUACUCGACAUCUUGUCUCAAGAAGACACUUAUACUAUUUCCCAUGCCGACUAUACCUCCUUGCUCCUUGACAAGCUCGGGUAUUCCUUACUCAGACUCCGCUUUGAGAUGGAAAAGAAAUCCAAGAAACGAUUCAAGCCUGGAAUGAAAUUAUUCAAAGCACUUUCCAACCGUGUUAAAUUGGCAUUAACCAUAUCUGUGCAGCAGGUCCUUGUGACCACACCCAUGGACGGGCCCGUCUUUGGACAUUUGAUUAAACAAAGCUGGGUUGGUCCUUUCCAAUAUUUUGACAUUGCAGAAAUAUGCAACGAAACAAACAUGAAUGAUGAAACCAUUCUCACUGAGCUUCAAAAAAUUAAUAGAGUCGUAACUCUAUGCUGUACACAUGAUGGUGUUGGGCAGGUGAAGAUCAUUCCUCAUUUUUUUAAGCACCAGAUCCACACAAUUCCGAGUGAAUACACUGACGCUUUACGGGUAUCAGCAUGGGAAGCUCAAAUCCUAGCUAAUAUAGCCUCGAAGUUUAGUGACCUUGGGAAGAGGGCAUUGCAUAUAGAAGCGGUUAACUACAUUCACAUAACUGCAUUCCUGGACAAUGCCCGACUAUCAGACAUCCGUUCACAGCAUGACCUGGACGACGCCAAUAGGAUGACCAUACUGAAUAUUUUAAAUGGUCCGAAUAGGCUCGUAUUUGAGGAAAACGAUUAUACGAUGAUUGGAAAAAUGGAGGCUGCUGUGAAGGCCACAUUUUCUGCACUCCUGCCGCUAUACAUCGAAGCAUCUACGCAUUGCACUGCACUGCGAAGUUGCUGCUUUACCUUUGAAGACCUUUCUGUUCACUUAUCUGCCAAACCAGAUGGCACAUACUUGUGGUCUAAGGAAAAGGUCUCCGAAUCGACGUAUGGGGCUCCUGGGCUUUGGAUACAUCUGAUUGAUCUCAUUAAAAUUGCGUCUGAGAAUUGGCAUAUUGUUCCCGCCGAUUUGUAUCCCCAUUUUUCUUCUUUCCUUCUUAAAGGCCUUUCGGGAGUUUAUUACAGCAUCCUGCAUCCGGAAUUUAAAGAAACCUAUGCAACAACUGCGUCAACAACAUUCCAAAAAUUGAUCUGGUGGAUGCCUCACGCAAUUCCGACAGAGGACAACCUUAAUAUGAUUAGGUUGAUGCAUUAUUUAUGGCAUAAAAUGGACCACAAUGAUCAGCCAAUACCUCCACCUCGACUUUGUAAUCUAACGAUGGAUUUCCUGACGGUACGAAAUCUUUUUGUUUUGUAUUGA